AUGGCCCGUCGGAAAGAAAAGCGGACGGAGUCCUCACUUUACAAAGCAAGAACGCCCUCCCUGAACGAUGUUACUGCACAGCAGCCACCAAUCCAGAAUGAAGAGCGGCCGGCAGCCUCCAAGGGAUUUAUGCGUAAGGACCUGGCCCGGGUAAUAGCAGAAGAACUCCACCGAUGGGCGCAAGUCGUCGUGUACGCCUUACCUGUCCUGUCGAUCAUCAUCACGAGGAACUGGGAUAUCAUAAAUAAGACCUACCAGCUGUGGAGCAGUCCCUUGCCCCCUCUGUCGAGACUACGUGGAGUUUUUGAAGAAGCUCCAGGGACUCGAGCGAAUGCCGCGAUCGUGGUUUUAGCCCGGAAUCGCGAUGCCGGGGAGGUUGUGCAUACGCUGAAAACAUUCGAGCCAACGUUCAAUGCCAAGUACCGGUACCCCUACGUAUUUCUGAACGACAAGGACUGGGAACCGCAAUUCAAGCAAACGAUCGCAGACUUCUUGUCAGAAGUCCGCGCAGUCAACAUAUCUGUGAACGAUACCCUCUAUCUGCGAUUCGGAAAGGUUAAGGAGGAGCACUGGUCAUGGCCGGCACAUGUGGACAAGACUGCGGCACUGAAAGACAUGCGCCAGAUGGCUGAUCUUGGUGUCUUGCAUGCGAAUAAGGAAAGCUACCAUCACAUGUGUCGCUUCCAGAGCGGCUUUUUCUUUCAGCACGAACUGUUGAAGGAUUUCAAGUGGUAUUGGAGGGUUGAGCCCGACGUUGACUUUUUCUGUCCCCUCCAUUACGACCCUUUCAUGUUCAUGGAAUCGCACAACAAAACCUAUGGCUUCAACAUUGUGGCCCCAGAGUUCAUGGCAACUAUCCCUUCCUUGGGCAAAACUGUAAAAGCAUACAUGCGCGAACGAAACAUUACAUCCAUCCCGCCGACGUUGAAGCUCAUGUGGAACGAGACCACAGAUGAUUACAGUGGGUUCCACUUCUGGUCCAAUUUUGAAAUCGGGUCCCUUGACUGGCUGCGGUCACGGGAAUACGGAGAGUUCUUCGAGUAUCUCGACGCAACUGGCAACUUUUUCCAUGAGAGAUGGGGCGACGCCCCCGUUCACUCUGUAGCAGCAGGGCUGCUAUUACGGCCUGAUGAACUGCAUUACUUUGAAGACAUUGGAUACCGGCAUGCCGAUCGGAUACACUGCCCCAUUGUGAAGGAGAAACAAGGCGUUUACGGACCUUGUGAGUGCGAUGUAGAAGAGCUGAAGAGGAGGCGAGUUCAAUGGGGUAUAUGGGCCUACUCGGAUCGGUGGAUGAACGAACUGAAGAAAUGGCAGAGAUGGGCGAAGGCGUACCAAACGCCGGUCAACCUGGAGGACAAACGACAGGCGGCGCUCGUGGGACAGGCCUCCGAUCCGCCGCCCGUCCUCCCAUAA